CAUUCUUUAAUUGGAGAUUCACUUUUGAGUAAUUAAACCCACCAAUAUAAAUAUUUACAUAUCUUCGAGGAAUUAAAGGUCUCGGAAAUAUGGGAGUUUCUGGGGGGUUAAUUGUGCCCCUGGUUUUACUAGUUUUCGCCAGCCAUGGAGUCACUGCAGGUCGCAGCAACAUGUUCAAUAUGGGAACGACUUAUGUCUUCUCGGCGUCUGGAAGACUCCAACUUCCCGAGUUUCUCGUGGCACCGAUCUCAUUUUCGUACCAAGUCGAAGUUACUGUCACUGGCCCGAGACAGCUUACAAUGAAGACCACCAACUUUGCCUUAACUCCUCUCACGGUUCCCGAUUCCAUCCGGACUCACCUGGAAUCAUCCGUAACGGUCGACCUGAACGAGGACGGAACGAUUGAGAAUGUUCAGUCCCCCACGACUCUGCCUGAGUGGGCCCUUAACAUUAAGCAAGACCAAGUUUACCGUCUCGUCUUCUCAGCUGGCUCGCUAAACGAUGGAGAGGACACUGGGAGACGAGGUGGUCGUAUCAAUUUCAACGAGGUACGACCAAGGACUCCAACUUUUGAUGCUAGCACUACCUACAACGGGGACUGGGAUAAAGUGGAAAAGUCCUUGCUGGGGGAAUGUGAGACAAGUUACAGUCUCCGAAAGAUUUUGAAACCUUUGGAAAUGCGAGAAUCGUCCACUUCCUCCUCUUCCAGUGAAAGCAGUGAAAGUGAUGAAAAUGGAGUGACUAAAGAAUACGGACAAAUGCUGUUCCGGUUUUGCUCGCAACCUGGCACAAAUUUUUAUAGAUUGAAGAAAACUACGACAUCCCAAGAUUGCACGGGGGCUGGAGAGGGCGACAUUUUAAAUACUACGAUUGCCACUUUCGAGACCGAGUACACAUUUUGCGCCCGGGAUUUAACCCGCCCAGAGGAUAUCACCAUUCUAAAAGUCCGCGGAACCGGAAAGGCUGAUUCUGUCGGAAACUAUGAAGAAGAUUUUAUUCUAAUUAAAACAACCAGCUCCUUCCCUUCACCUCCUUCCGCACGAAAUCUACUAAAUCAAAUCAGCAUGACCAGACACGAUCCCACUUUCGCCUUUGCCGCCAAUUCCGAGCGCCGACUAAGAUUCGGUUUCGGUUGGAUAAGCCAUGCCCGACAAGCCAUUCGUAACUCGGUCGACUCCUUUCUGAAACACCUCGGCCUUCGGAAGGACGAUAUCUCCGGAAAUACUCGCCUCGACGCAAGAAUUCCGGCCUUUCGCGCCUGCGCAGAAAAGAAGGGCCUCCCAUCCUCCCGCCUUAUCGACCCGGUUACAAACUCGAGCGGCUAUGACGCCCUAAACUUCCAGUGGAACAUCAAAUUCAAAAAGGUCUACCCGAUCGCCUUCCUCCUCCCCGUGACGGCGCGGCACGUUCAAAUCGCGGUUCAAUGCGGCGUCAUUGCAAAAAUCCGACUCGUCCCGAACAGCGGGGGACAUUCGUACGAUUCCAUUUCCUGGGGGGAUAACACCACCCUGGUCAUCGAUUUUCAAGAGAUGAACAAAGUUGAGCUGACCGGCGCGGGAAAACCGGGCGCUAUCGCGGUCCUCCAACCCGGCGCGCUGCUUGGACCCACGGUCGCACAGCUAUGGCAACUCGGCAAAGUGGGCCUUCCCGUCGGAAACUGUUUGACGGUGGGCGUCGGUGGGCACGCGCUGGGUGGCGGGGUCGGACUUUUCGCCAUGGUGCAUGGACUCCUGAUCGACAACGUAGUCGAGUACGAGAUGGUGGAUGCCGCCGGAGAUAUCGUGGUGGCGAGUGAGGUUGAAAAUCCGGACCUGUUUUGGUCCUUGCGCGGUAUCGGGCCGGGUUUUAUCGGGAUUAUUACGAGAUAUGAGAUUAGGACUUUUCAAGCGGAUCGGAUGAAGUUUACCAUUGUAAAGUUGAACUACCCGGUUAAGGAUUUUCUCCCGGUGGCGACGGCUACACAAGAUUUUAUUGCUUGGACGAAGGUGAAUGAUCCGAUGAUUGGAACGAUGGCGAUGGCGUAUAGCGACGACUGGAACGCCACCAACUCCGUCACUCCGGGCGGUUCUGAACCCGGCAUAGUCAUCAGCUUCAUCCACAUUUUUGACCCCGACCGAAAUCCCUCCAGCAAUGCAACCUUUCUCAAAAAAAUCGAAGAAAUGUUUCCCCCCGCCAAGACAAAGGCUGUCUUCCUCCCAAACUAUUUAGAACUCCACUUCGCCACCAGCUACUCCCCCGUCAUUCUUCCCAAACCAAAACUAUCCGAAAUUGCCCCACUCCGAGCAGGAUCUCCCUUCCCCCCAGAGCCCGCCAUUCUCGGCCUUUUCAUGAAGAUGACCAAAGCCAUCGCAAUCCCACGCUACUUCAAGGCCAAAUCCCACUACGUCUCGCGAAAACUGACUUCCACCGAACUCCAACGCUUAGCCCGACUAAUGCCCUCCAUCCCCGCGAACCGAGCCGGCCUCAUGGUCACCUCGGAAAUCGGGGCCAUCCACAAAAUCCCGGUUAACGGCACAGCCUACUCGCACCGAACGAUGACCGUCAAUUUCCGCGUGCACAUCGAAGCCCGUCCCGAAGAUGGCGACAUUGGGGAAGCGGAACGCUGGAUGGAUCAAUUCUGGCCGGCCAUGCAGUCCUUCGAUAGUGGCGAAACGUACCAAAACUACCCCGACUUAGAAGUCAAGGAUUAUCUGAAGCGGUACUACACCACAAAUUUGGACAGGAUCAUAUCCUUCAAGAGGAAAUGGGAUCCCACCAAUUACUUCAAGAAUGACCAAAGUCUUCCGAUCUGUUUAGAAGAUGAAAUCAUUAAACCGAUCCAAUUCGCUAAAUUCCGCUCCUGCAUGAAACUGUCGAACGUUCCGCCAAGACAGCUGGUCGAUCCCGCCUCAAACUCGAGUGGGUACGACAUCCUUAAUCUUCAAUGGAACACCCGAAUCGAAAAAGUCUACCCGGUCGCAUACCUCGUCCCGCUGAUCAAGGACCAUGUCAUGGCCGCGGUACGUUGCGGCGUUGCGGCGAAUAUCCACCUGAUCCCGAGCAGUGGGGGACACUCGUACGAAGCGAUUUCCUACGGGACAAAUACCACGAUUGUGAUCGACUUUAGAGAAAUGACGAAUGUGGCUUUGUUACAAGAAAGGGUGGGAAAUGAUAGGAUCGCGGUCAUCCAACCGGGUGCGUUGGUUGGGCCGAUUAACGCGCAGCUGUGGACGCUUGGAGGGGUCGCGAUUCCGAUGGGAAAUUGUUUAACGGUGGGAAUCGGGGGGCACGCGGUGGGGGGAGGAAUCGGGUUCUUUUCGGCCAUGUAUGGACUCACGAUUGAUCGGGUGGUCGAAUAUGAGCUGGUCGAUGCAACCGGGGAAAUCGUCAUUGCUUCAGAGAAGCAGAAUCCGGAAGUGUUUUGGGCCCUUCGAGGAGCGGCUGCGGGAUAUAUCGGAAUUGUGACACAGAUUAAGAUUAGGACUUUCAAAGCGGAUAAGAUUCAGAUUACGGCGGUGAAAAUUGUUUAUCCGAUUAAAGACUUUGUCAAGGCCGGGACUGCUAUGCAAAAUUGGAUGGAAUGGACGAAGAAUAAUGAUCCUACCAUUUUUACGACGGCUUCAAUUACGAAUGACGACUGGAGUUCCAACUACCCCGCCACGGCGCAAGGUCCCAUCGGAGGCGUUAUUAUCUCAACCCUGCACAUUUUCGACCCUGACCUCAACCCCCACGGAAAUGAGACCUUCCUCGCCAAAAUUAAUGAAAUCUUCCCACCCGGUCAUCGCAUCAAGGAUGUCAGCGUCCUUCCCUACAUCGCCUUUGUCUACGGUUCCGGGUACGCUCCAAUCAGAAUGACGGUCACCGUUGAAAAGAAAAGCCCCCCCUCCAUCCUGUCCCCCCUCAGAAAUCUUCACCUUGUUAAGAAGAUUGUCGAAAUUGGUCGCUUGGACGAUCCCAUCCUUGAUCGAACCGUUCAAUUCAAAUGGAACAACCCAAUCCCGCCUCCGACCCCGAUUGGAUUCACGCCGUCCCCAUUGAACGGAAUUUUAGGCAAAUUACUCUCAAUGCGAAAGGAAAUGGCGAUGCCGCGACAUUUCCAUGCGAAAUCGCACUUCGUCAAGAGAAAGUUAACAAUGGAAGAGAUUUCCAGAUUGGGACAGGUUUUGCUCCGAAUUCCGAAUAAUAGAUGUUGGAUCCUAGUCAGCUCGGAGGGUGGCGCGGUGAAACACUUUGAAGACACUGCGAUGGCCUAUGUCCACAGGGACGCACUUUUUGAUGUCAGCGUCCACGUGGAGGCGACCGAGACGGAGGGAGACGUUGGUGAGGCGGAGGACUGGCUGAGAGAGUUUUGGGAUGCGAUGCAAUCUUUCGAUGGGGCACAGACGUAUCAGAAUUACCCGGAUUUGGAACUGGUGGACUUUUUGAAGAGGUAUUACGGAAAAAAUCUGCCCAGGUUGGUUGCCGUCAAGAGGAAGUUGGAUCCCCAGAAUUAUUUCCGGAAUCAGAUUUCUUUGCCUACCUCCCUUCUUAAUUAAAUAUAUUUCCCCAUUUUAAAUUGCAUUCGACAUAGCCACUUAAAUUACCGGUGUAAAAAAAUUAGCAAAAUUUGAAACUUACCCAACUGAUUUGAUGUAAAUUGCAAAACUGAUUUGACGAAGUAAAAUAAUAUUUAUUGGUGUUUUUGUUUAUUUGCUUUAUGAUGAAUAAAAUCAGUAACAAACUUCAAAGAAUGAA